GCAUGUAGUCAUGAACUCGCUCUCGUCUUCUCCACCUCUAUAAGACAACCAAGCAAACACAGCAGAGCGGCAAGGCCACCACGCACCCGUCGAGCACGGCGCAAUGCCUGCUUCCCUGCACCCUCCCCACCUCCACUUCCACAAGCUUAAGAGGUGCCACCACCCGGCGGCCAUGGCCAAGAAGGGCCUCGCCGCCAUCCUCUACAAGCUCCGCGACGUGCACCGCCCGCCAUCGUCGCCGCCAUCUCCCUCUCCCUCGCCGUCACCGUUGACCCCGUCCGCGCACUACACCCAGCGCUGCUACCCGCCGCCGCCGUCCGCGUGGCCGUGGCCGUCGUGCCGGCACCCGCGCACCAGCUCGUUCCGCGGGCCCAAGGACGAUGCCAUGUACCGGACUGUGAACACAGUCUACGACACGGCUUCGGAGCAAUGCCUCCGGCGUUCGUCCAUAGAUGAACCGUCGUGCACUGACCGGAGCCUCCUGGCGCUGCCCGGGGAGGCCGCGGUGGAGCAGGUGGGAGAGGAGGAGGAGAAGGAGAUGCAGCUGCGUGAGACGGCCGUCUUGCGCGGCGUGCGGUCGGAGCGGCUCUUCUUCGAGCCGGCCGGCGCGGAGUUCUUGCCCAAGCAGGCGGCGCCGGCGCGAAACAAGAACGAGGCGGCCGCCGUGGUGGCCGUCAAGAACGAGGGAUCGGCAGGGACCAUCGCGCCGCCCGACAAGGACGAGGCGGAGGAGGUGCAUGCCGCCGCGGUGAAGGGCGGCGCGGUGGUGGUGACGGUGGAGUCCAAGGACCCGUACGGCGACUUCCGGGCGUCGAUGGGGGAGAUGGUGGCGGCGCACGGGCUGCGGGACUGGGAGGCCCUGGAGGAGCUCCUGGCGUGGUACCUCAAGCUCAACGCCAAGGGCGUCCACGCUGCCAUCGUGGGCGCCUUCGUCGACCUGCUCGUGAGCAUGCAGGCGUCCCCGCUGCCUAGCCCGCCGUCGCUGCCGUCGCCGUCGCCAUCGUCGUCUUGCAUCACCUUCGAGGAGUACUCCUCGGCGACUUUUGACGAUUAAGAAGGCAAGAGCUGAGGAAUUCGUUUCUUUCUUUGUUUUUUCUGUUCAUCGACUUGUUCAGAGAUAACAGUUUUUGUGAAUAAUUUUGUGUGCCUGAGGACGAAGGAAUGGAAGGUGUGGCAUGAAUGUAGCCAUGUACAGUUGCUAAAACUAGUUGAUGCUGACCAUUAGAGUAGACUAAUGCCUAGAUGACUA